AUGAGCUCAGAAAAUAUAGGAACGCCCACUGUUGCAACUCCGACGCCAGAGGCAGAACUCAAUCCGCAAAGAGUAAAAGCACUUGUGCAAAAGUUGAAAGAUGAAUUAGCUGCAAGUCAGGUUGAAACUGAUCCCGUGAAGAAGCAAGCACAUCUUCAAAUAGUUGACAAGAUCAAACGUGUGUUGUUGAAAUAUCAACAGCAGCAACAGCAACAGCAACAGCAGCAGCAACAGCAACAGCAGCAGCAACAGCAACAGCAGCAGCAACAGCAACAGCAACAGCAGCAGCAACAGCAACAGCAACAGCAACAGCAACAACAGCAACAGCCCAAGUCAGCACCAAUAAACAAUUCUAGCGUAGUAGAUGGCGAGCCAGCUAAAACGGAGACACCGAAGUUUGGUACAUCCUCACGUGCGUCACCUUCCGUAUUGCUGAAUGUACAAUCAGCCCCAAUGGUUCCUUUGCAAAGUGAAUUUGCAAAUCCGAGACCGACAACAGCUCCUCAAUUGCUGCAUUUACCAAUGCCAUCACAACAAUCACCAAUGCCAUCACAACAAGCACCAGUGCCAUCACAACAAGCACCAGUGCCAUCACAACAAAUGCCAAUACCACCACAACAAAUGCCAAUGCCACCACAACAAUCACCAAUGCCAUCACAACAAAUGCCAAUACCACCACAACAAAUGCCAGUGCCAUCACAACAAAUGCCAAUACCACCACAACAAAUGCCAGUGCCAUCACAACAAUCACCAAUGCCAUCACAACAAAUGCCAAUGCCAUCACAACAAUCACCAGUGCCGUCACGGCAAAUACCUGCUCAAUUGCCCCAGCAAUCAAUUCAUCAACAGCAGCCUAUCCAAUCACCUGUUCCCCAAAGGACAAAUACUCCAGCUGUUGGUGACUCUCUGAAAGUAACUCUAGAAAAGUACAAUCAAGUGAGGAAUAUUUUACAAAGUUUACUAGACAAAAUCGAAAAGCUCAGGACUUUGAAAGAUCAAGAGACAGACCCCGCAAAGAGACAAAAUAUUGAAAAAUCAAUUCUUGAUGUCAGAAGCCAACUACAACAAUGCCACAAAGGAGCUCUAUAUAUGAGAAAAGUGUUAGUGGACUCAGGUAGGUUAUCUGCUAAUGCUACUCCUGUAGGCACACCCCAAAGACCUUCUCCAACUCCUAAUGAGCUCUCAGCCCCUCAAUCAGUGAGGACUUCUGUCUCUCCAGUACCAACACCGCCAAUUAUACCACCACAACCUUCACAAUCUGCAACGGUACCUCCGUCAUCGGCGUCAACGCCAUCAUCAGCAUCGACACCAGCACCAGCACCAGUAUCAGCACCAGUAUCAGCACCAGUAUCAGCACCAGUAUCAGCACCAGCACCAGCACCAGCACCAGUAUCAGCACCAGUAUCAGCACCAGUAUCAGCACCAGCACCAGCACCAACACCAGUACCAGUAUCAGCACCAGCAUCAGCACCAGCACCAGUAUCAGCACCAACCAUCAAGACAGAGAACAUUCCGGAAAAAGCUUCAAACGUGAAUAUGCCAACACAACCACCAGUAAAGCAGCAGCCAGAAGCUCAAUCGCAGACACCGGCAAGUAUACAGAAAGGGACAACAAACUUGUCCAAGAAGUCCUCGACACCCACGCCCGGAAAACCACCAACAACAACCGUGAAAACAAACGCGACAAUCUCAAGAGCAGCAACUCCGAGCUCAAAAAAUGCACAAGGUUCAUCAGCGUCGUCUGCACCAAAUACUUCGAAAAAACCAUUAGGAUCUACAGGUCUUACACCUUCUUCAUCUGCAAUUGCAAACUCCUUAUCCACGUCUAAUGGAAACACCUCGAUCACUCCACAGAAUAUACCAGACAAUGAUGGUAGAGUGUUGACAAAGCGUAAACUCAAUGAGUUGAUCACAAGAAUUUCGGUUGAUCAAGGCGAUGUCAAGACCUCUGUAGAUAAUGAUGUUGAAGAUCUUUUUAUGGAUUUAGCGGACGAGUUUGUUACGAAUGUGAUGGAAUUUUCAUGCAGCUUAGCAAAGCAUCGAAAAUUGGAUAAAGUUGAUGUAAAAGAUGUUCAGCUUCAUCUAGAAAGAAAUUGGGGUAUCAAAGUACCAGGUUAUAUCAACGAUGAAAUUAGACCGGCAAGGAAAUGGACUAAAAAAACCGAUCGCAAAUAG